CGCCAAACUCAACACUGUCCUUGGCACAUCUUAUACGCUGGAGACCCCUGGUAUUCGCGACUGCUUGGAGUAUGCCCUCAGCACCUCGCACGAUUUCGGAGACGUGUACGGCACACUACGCUCAUGGUGGUCCGGAGACUUUGUUGCAGCCCUAACCGCAAUGAAGGAUCAUCGAGACAAGAUCGAGAGAAGGCGCGACGACGCAGUUCACGGUGGCUCCAUCGUGGACCCCAAAAUCCAUCCCCGUAGAGUCUGGGACUUGCGCAGCAAUCGCGUCCUCCCGUUCCAUGUCAUAUCUCGAGCACGGGUCCUCAAGAAUCGUAAUCACAUGCCCGACAAUUUAUGGACGGUGUCUCACAGCUGGGUCGACGCACGAGAGCGCGAGGGCGUCAUGACUCCAAUCAACCGAUGGCAGUGGCCUGUGCCCAUGCCCCGCGCCACGUCUCUCGAGCACGUCCGCAUCGAGCUGCUGAACCUGGGAGCCGAAUACGCUUGGCUCGACGCCCUCUGUCUGCGGCAGGAAGGCGGCGCUGACGACAGCAUUCGGCUGGAGGAGUGGAAACUCGACGUACCUACGAUCGGCAACGUAUAUCAGGCUCAGCCGAAGGGAAGACCAUGCAUCACCUAUUUCAACGGCUUGGGUUUGCCAUUCGAUGCGUCGCAGACGGUUCUCGAAUCCGAUCGGCACUGGUUCAACCGUGUGUGGACCGUGCAGGAGACACUGGAGAGCUGGUUGCCCGGAGGACUCGUCCCGACACCUUUUCCUGAGGGCCCGAGAUUCUUUUAUCGGCUGCAGGAGCUCGUCUCGAGUGCAUCCUCCUCAGUCCGAGGGCCCGAUCUCUUAGAAGCCAUGAGGAGCCGCUCUUGCUCCUCAGAGCUUGACAGAAUAGCCGGUCUCGCCUAUCUCUUGGGCUGCAAGACGCUGCCGCUGUACGAUCCGUCUAUUUCCUUGGAGACUGCGUGGAUGCGGCUCAUCAAGCACCUAUCGCCGGGGCCGCGGAGAUACAUCUUCCUUCAAUAUGAGUCUGACGUGCCUUUCGCGCCCUGGGUAUCAUGGGCAGGGUUCCUGGCAUACCCACCGCUGCUGCCACCCCCCGGUCGAAUGCGUGAUGCGAAGAAUUUGGAGCUGGUCGACCCUUUGCAGAUUCACACCAACGAGCCAGGAAAGUACUACCAAGUCACCUAUGCCACCGUACCAUGCUACGUUAUAUCCCCACCCGACGACGUCUUCCGAAGCCGUGGACCGCAUGUGAUCCAACUGCAUUUCUACGACCGCACCGAACCUACUACCGUGCCAAUAUCCACUCCCGGAUUACAUGGAUGCGUUGUCCCAAAUGUUCAGUACCGCUUCCUUUGCAUCGAGGGUACUUGGGUAGAUUUCUGGGUUGUGGUAGAGGUGGUCGGGGAGCGGGACGUACAAGACGAGAAAGCUCUCGAGGUGAUAAAAUGGGGCGUGGUCUGCAUGGACCAUGACCGAAGCAAGGAAUUCACAGAGCUAGGACUAGGGAGCAGCGGAACGAGGGUGGUGUACUUAGCGAGUGAGGAGGCCCUGUCCAGGAGCCAGCACGUCGAUGAGUACAUGGAGGCAUUUAAUAAGGCGAGGGAAAGUCGGAGGGCGGGGCAUAUGCCAGAUUGCAGACAUCAUUCUCACAACCAUCCUUAAGUUUAGUACACCAUCUCAACCCAACCCGAGCGCCACGACCGCGAUAGUAC